AUGGCGAGAAUUACUGACGACCAAAAACCUUCGAUUGAGCAAAUCUCCGAUGACAAGAUUGCGCCCACGACACUCGAAGCUGGAAAUGGGGCCGUGGAUGGACAUCGCAAGCUUGUUGCGCCGCCGCUAGUCGCCGCUAUGAGCGGCGAGGAAAGAUUUGAGGCAGAGAAGAAGAUGAGGAGGAAGAUCGAUACGAGGUUGUUGCCGAUGAUUAUCCUGAUGUAUAUUAUGAAUUACCUCGACAGGAAUAAUAUCGCUGCCGUUCGCCUAGCAGGUCUUCAAGAUGAGCUGGAGCUCACGAGCGUGCAAUACCAAACUACCGUUUCCAUUCUCUUCGUCGGCUAUAUCCUUAUGCAAAUUCCCUCGAAUUUGUUCCUCAAUAAGACUGGCAAACCGGCCAUAUACCUGCCUACAUGCAUGAUCGUCUGGGGUAUCAUAUCUGGUGCUACCGGCGCAUGCCAGAAUUUCGCUGGACUUGUGGUGUGCCGUUUCUUCCUCGGGUUCAUCGAAGCCGCAUAUUUCCCAGGAUGCUUGUUUUACCUUAGCGCCUGGUAUACAAGGAAAGAACUGGGUCUGAGGACGGCGGUGCUAUACUCUGGGAGUCUGAUAUCGGGAGCGUUUGGUGGUCUAAUCACUGCGGGGAUCACGAGUAAUAUGGACGGUACGCAAGGUCUAAGAGCUUGGCGCUGGGUUUUUAUAAUUGAAGGUGUCAUUACCGUUGCGAUCGCUUUUGGAGCCUUUUGGAUGCUGCCUAACUUCCCUCGAACUACUUCCUGGCUCACGGAAGAAGAGCGCCAACUUGCCGUGUACCGACUUCAGGAAGAUGUUGGAGAAGACGAUUGGGUGUCCGCAGAGUCACAGACCUUCUUCCACGGCCUAAAGCUCGCAUUGCUCGAUAUCAAGACUUGGGUGCUCACCAUUCUUCUUCUAGCGAUUGUGUCUUCAGCGAGUGUUACCAACUUCUUCCCAACAGUGGUCAAAACCCUUGGAUACCCAAACAUCGAGACGCUGUUGUUGACAGCGCCACCUUAUGUCCUGGCAGUUAUCACGACCUACCUCAACGCUUGGCAUGCCGACCGCACUGGCGAACGAUUCUUCCACAUUGUUCUCCCACUCUGCGUGGGUGUAGCAGCCUUUAUCCUGGCUGCAGCUACAACAGCUACCGCACCCCGCUACGUCGCCAUGAUGCUGAUGGUCCCUGGUGUCUAUACUGGCUACGUUGUCGCUUUGGCCUGGAUUUCCAAUUCUUUACCCCGUCCGCCAGCAAAGAGAGCGGCUGCACUAGCUUUCAUCAACGCGAUCAGUAAUACUAGUUCGAUUUAUGCAAGUUAUAUGUACCCGCAGCCGAAGAGUGGACAGCCGGACUUGACGGUACCACUCAGUGUGGACUGCGCAACUGCAGCACUGGCCAUCAUCAUGACGGUCAUCAUGCGGAUCAUCCUGGGAAGGCUGAACAAGAAACUUGCACGGGGAGAACACGUUGAAGGCGCGAUCAACGCUGUCCCAGGAGUUGGUGCGGAGCGAGGUUUCAGGUUCCUGGUCUAG